AUGGAAUCCUUCAAGAACAUGGUGCCUCAGCAAGCCCUGGUCAUCCGGGAAGGCGAGAAGAUGCAACUCAAUGCUGAAGAUGUGGUGGUCGGAGAUCUGGUAGAAGUGAAAGGUGGAGACAGAGUCCCAGCUGACCUACGGAUCAUCUCAGCCCAUGGCUGCAAGGUGGAUAAUUCCUCUUUGACUGGUGAAUCAGAACCUCAGACUCGAUCACCUGAUUGCACCCAUGACAACCCUCUGGAGACAAGGAAUAUCACUUUUUUCUCUACCAACUGUGUAGAAGGCACGGCUCGUGGCGUCGUCAUUGCCACUGGCGACCGCACCGUGAUGGGGCGCAUCGCUACCCUGGCUUCAGGCCUGGAGGUUGGCAAAACCCCCAUCGCUGUGGAGAUUGAGCACUUCAUCCAGCUGAUCACUGGUGUGGCUGUCUUUCUGGGCGUCUCCUUCUUCAUCCUCUCCCUGAUUCUGGGCUACACCUGGCUGGAAGCUGUCAUUUUCCUCAUUGGCAUCAUCGUGGCCAAUGUCCCCGAAGGACUGCUGGCCACUGUCACUGUGUGCCUGACGUUGACGGCCAAGCGCAUGGCUCGGAAGAACUGCCUGGUGAAGAACCUGGAAGCCGUGGAGACGCUGGGCUCUACCUCAACCAUCUGUUCAGACAAGACAGGGACCCUGACACAGAACCGCAUGACGGUUGCUCACAUGUGGUUCGACAACCAGAUCCAUGAGGCAGAUACCACGGAAGACCAGUCCGGCACGGCUUUCGAUAAGAGUUCUCCCACCUGGGUGGCCCUUUCCCACAUCGCAGGGCUUUGCAACCGGGCUGUCUUCAAAGGAGGUCAGGAGAACGUGCCCAUCCUCAAGCGUGAUGUGGCCGGAGAUGCGUCAGAGUCCGCCCUGUUGAAAUGCAUUGAGCUCUCCUCAGGAUCCGUCAAACUGAUGAGGGAGAAAAACAAGAAAGUGGCCGAAAUCCCCUUCAACUCCACCAACAAAUACCAGCUCUCAAUUCACGAAACAGAGGACCCCAACGAUAACCGCUACCUGCUGGUUAUGAAGGGUGCACCUGAGCGCAUCCUGGACCGAUGCUCCACCAUCCUGCUGCAAGGCAAAGAACAGCCCCUUGAUGAAGAGCUGAAAGAAGCUUUCCAGAAUGCCUACCUGGAGCUGGGCGGACUUGGCGAGCGGGUGCUAGGUUUCUGCCACUACUACCUGCCUGAGGAACAGUACCCUAAAGGUUUUGCCUUCGACUGUGACGAUGUCAACUUUUCCACGGAAAACCUCUGCUUCGUAGGACUCAUGUCCAUGAUCGACCCACCCCGUGCCGCUGUGCCCGAUGCUGUGGGCAAGUGCCGCAGUGCUGGCAUCAAGGUGAUCAUGGUAACAGGUGACCAUCCCAUCACAGCCAAGGCCAUUGCCAAAGGUGUGGGGAUUAUCUCUGAGGGCAAUGAGACUGUGGAAGACAUUGCUGCCCGACUGAACAUUCCCGUCAGCCAGGUCAACCCCAGGGAUGCCAAAGCCUGUGUGAUCCAUGGCACGGACCUGAAGGACAUGACCUCGGAGCAAAUUGACGAGAUUCUGCAGAACCACACUGAGAUCGUGUUUGCCCGGACCUCUCCGCAACAGAAACUCAUCAUUGUGGAAGGCUGCCAGAGACAGGGUGCGAUCGUGGCAGUGACAGGGGAUGGUGUGAACGACUCCCCGGCCCUAAAAAAAGCGGACAUUGGUGUAGCGAUGGGCAUCGCGGGCUCCGACGUCUCCAAGCAGGCAGCUGACAUGAUCCUCUUAGAUGACAACUUUGCCUCUAUUGUCACUGGAGUGGAGGAGGGACGUCUGAUCUUCGACAAUCUGAAGAAAUCCAUCGCCUAUACCUUGACCAGCAACAUCCCCGAAAUCACCCCCUUCUUGCUGUUCAUCAUGGCCAACAUUCCUCUCCCCCUGGGCACCAUCACCAUCCUCUGCAUUGACCUGGGCACCGACAUGGUACCCGCCAUCUCCCUGGCUUACGAAGCAGCCGAGAGUGACAUCAUGAAGCGCCAGCCACGAAACCCCCGGACUGACAAGCUGGUGAACGAGAGGCUGAUCAGCAUGGCCUACGGGCAGAUAGAAAAUGGGUUCCUUCCAUCUGUUCUUGUGGGCAUCCGUCUUAACUGGGAUGACCGGACAGUCAAUGACCUGGAAGAUUCAUACGGGCAGCAGUGGACCUACGAGCAGCGCAAAGUGGUGGAAUUCACCUGCCACACCGCCUUCUUCGUCAGCAUUGUGGUGGUCCAGUGGGCUGACCUGAUCAUCUGCAAAACCAGGAGGAAUUCAGUCUUCCAGCAGGGCAUGAGAAACAAGAUCCUUAUUUUUGGUCUCUUUGAGGAGACCGCCCUGGCCGCCUUCCUAUCCUACUGCCCUGGCAUGGAUGUGGCAUUGAGAAUGUAUCCCUUAAAGCCCAGCUGGUGGUUUUGCGCCUUCCCAUACAGUUUCCUCAUUUUUGUGUAUGAUGAAAUCCGUAAACUCAUACUGCGCCGUAAUCCAGGAGGAUGGGUGGAGAAAGAAACCUACUAUUAA